AUGACGUCGAGGCUGUGCGAUCUUCCGUAUGAUUUGAUAGGUGAGAACAUUCUCGCUAAGGUUCCGCUAGCAUCUCUUAAACCAGUGAGAUCCACUUGCAAACUACUGAAUGCUUUAUCAAAAGAUUUGAUUGUUGGCAAAGCAAUGUGUGAGUUUCUAGGGUUCAUGACGAUGAUGCGUGAUGGUAAGCUUUAUACCUUGAGAAUCGAUCUCCAAGGAAUCCGCAAGGACGAAGACUUGGUCCAUAGCACUAUAAAGCAAUUUGCUUUACCUGAUCAAGUCGAGAUAUAUAAAGUCAUUCACAGCGAAGGCUUAGUGUUAUGUGUCAUCAACGACACCUCGCGGCUCCUGGUGUGGAACCCGUAUCUAGGGCAAACAAGGUGGAUCGAAAAAAAAAAACAUAUGUACAUGUCAUACAUCUAUGUUCUCGGAUAUGACAACAACCGUAACCAUAAGAUCUUGAGGCUUUUGAUUGAUCUUUCUUCUGGCCUAGCCGUUGGGUUUGAAAUCUACGAUUUUAGCUCUGAUUCAUGGAGGGUUCUUGACCUCACUCCAGACUUUGAAAUAGAGUAUUAUCAACGCGGCGAGACUUUGAAGGGGAAUGCUUACUUUUUUGCUAAAGUGUCGGAAUAUGCUCCAGAAAAUGAACUGGGAUAUAAAAUGUUAUUAAGUCUUGAAGAUUUUUUGGUCUGUUUCGAUUUUACAAGAGAGAGAUUUGGAAAGCGUCUGCCUCUUCCGUUUAACUCAUAUGCCAAAGAGACAGUGACGCUCUCUUGUGUUAGGGAAGAGAAACUGGCUGUGCUUUAUGAGAAGCCUCAUCCAUCUUUGAUAUUGGAGAUUUGGGUUACGAAUAAGAUUGAGCCUGAUGCGGUGUCGUGGAGCAAGUUUUUGGUGGUGGAUAUGUCACCACUCACUGGUUUUCAGUUUGACUGUGAAGCUGGCUGCUUCUUCAUUGAUGAGGAGAAGAAAGUCGCUGUGGUUUUCGAUCUAGAUAGAGAUGAGCCGACCUGUCGCACCCAAACAGCUUACAUUAUUGGAGAAGACGGAUACUACAAAUCUGUGAAGCUCCAAGAAGCAGCGGAUGUGAGGAUGCCUAGAAACCGUAACGUUUCUCACGCACUUGUGUCUUCUUGUUAUCUUCCAAGUUUGGUGCAGUGGGAAUCUAGUUGCUUCUUCAUGGACGAGGAGAAGAAAGUCGCUGUGGUUUUCGAUAGACCGACUAAGACCUCAUGUGGCUACCAAAUAGCUUACAUCAUUGGAGAAGAUGGAUACUUCAAAUCUGUGAAGCUCGAAGAAGAUGCGAGGAUGCCUACGAAAUGUAACGUUUUUCCUGCACGACUUUCGUCCUCUGGUUAUCUUCCAUGUCUUGUGCAAAUCUAG